UGGGCCCUCACGUUCGCGGGCCUUCGUGAGCCGUGACGACGAGUCGAUCGAUCUCGACUCCGUCACACCUGCUGCCGUGCCGACUGCGAAGAGCAGCGGCGCCGCCGUCGUCCUGCUGCUUCCGCCGCCGCGUCUUCUCGCCCUCGACUCCGCUCUCCUGCGCUGCCCGAUUUCCAUCCAUCCCGCUUCCGCCUCCGGUUACAGCUCCGUCACUCUUUUCUUGGGGGAAAAGAUGAGCAAACUCGCGAAUAUGUUCUCUGUUCUUAAUCUGGAUGCUGAGGACGAUAGAGAGGAAGGUGCGGAACCACCAACAUCCAGCAAGGCCGAAGCUGCUGCUGUUACUAGCAGCACGGAGAUUGAUAAAAUCAGGCUGAAUCACACAAUGAUUGUAAACCACGAUGGAGAAAACCUUGCUUCAUCAUCAAGUGAUUAUGAUAAGCCAUUAGUGUGGAUAGACUUGGAAAUGACUGGUUUGGAUAUCACCAAAGAUCGCAUACUGGAGAUUGCUUGUAUUAUAACAGACGGUAAACUUACCAAACGAAUAGAGGGUCCUGACUUGGUUAUAAGACAGAGCAAGGAAUGUGUAAAUGACAUGAAUGAAUGGUGCAAAGUUCAUCACAGCGCUAGCGGGCUGAAGGAAAAGGUGCUGCAGAGCGACAUUUCUGAGAAUGAUGCUGAGAAACAAGUGCUAGAUUUUAUUAGGAAGUAUAUAGGCUCAGCCACUCCACUGAUAGCUGGGAAUUCUGUCUAUAUGGAUUUACUAUUUUUGAAGAAGUACAUGCCACAUCUGGCAGCCAUUUUCUCUCAUGUGAUAGUUGAUGUAAGCAGUAUAUCGGCUUUGUGCUCCCGAUGGUUCCCCAAAGAAAGGAAACAUGCUCCAAGGAAGGAGAAGAACCACAGGGCGAUGGAUGACAUUAGAGAAAGCAUUAAGGAGCUACAAUACUACAAGGAAAACAUAUUCAAAUCACGGAAAUCAAAGUAGCAGCUAUGUUGAUGUAGUAUAUAUGUGCAUCUUCAAUUUACCAUAUGGCAUUAGAUCGAUGGGUAAUCCAAGAUUUACUGCAUUUGUAAGAGAAACUAGUCAGUUCAUGAGUUUCCGAUCUCAUUGUUCCUCAAAAUUUAUGAUGAAUACAUGUGAAGCAACUGUCAACCAGUUUAUAUGGACACUUAAGGCGCUAAAAUCGUUUCGGCUUA